UCAGAAAGCAUCCUCGCUCGCGUUGUUUAAAUCAGCUUUCCCUUCCUUCAAUGACGAUGGGUGACAUGAUAUCCGAGGAACUGGAAGAUUUAAUGCAUUUCUCCGUCCACGAUUUGCCAGCUCGUGGUUAUUCCGUUAUGGAGGAGAUCCGAAGACAAGGGAAACUCUGCGAUGUGACGCUUAAGGUGGGAGAGCAUAAGUUUAGUGCCCACAGGAUUGUCCUGGCUGCUUCCAUUCCCUAUUUCCACGCCAUGUUCACUAACGACAUGGUCGAGUGCAAACAGGAUGAGAUCGUCAUGCAAGGCAUGGAUCCCAGUGCCCUUGAAGCACUGAUCAAUUUUGCGUAUAACGGACACAUUGCCAUUGACCAACAGAACGUCCAAGCGCUCCUGAUCGGCGCCAGUUUCCUGCAGCUUCAGAAUGUUAAAGAUGCCUGCUGCGCUUUCCUUCAAGAGAGGUUGCACCCGAAGAACUGUCUGGGCGUGCGCCAGUUUGCCGAGACCAUGAUGUGCACAACGCUGUAUGACUCCGCCAACAGCUUCGUGCAUCAGCACUUUGUGGAGGUUUCUGUGUCUGAGGAGUUUUUGAGUUUGCGGCCGGACGAGGUGCUCGAGCUGGUGGGCUGUGAUGAGCUCAAUGUCAAGGCUGAGGAGCAGGUGUUCGAGGCCGUCCUUGCAUGGGUGAGGCAUCAAAGAGAAGAUCGCGCCUCCUGCCUUCCUGAGCUGCUUUCCAAGACCCGACUGCCCCUGUGCCGACCCCAGUUCCUGGCCGAUCGGGUCCAGCAGGACGAGCUGGUGCGCUGCUCCCAUAAAUGCAGAGAUCUGGUAGAUGAGGCAAAAGAUUAUCAUCUUAUGCCCGAGCGACGUCCACACCUGCCUGCCUAUAAAACGAGACAAAGAUGCUGCACGUCCAUCGCCGGGUUAAUCUAUGCAGUUGGAGGGCUCAACAGUGCAGGUGACUCAUUAAACGUCGUUGAAGUAUUUGAUCCAAUCGGUAACUGUUGGGAACGCUGUCAGCCAAUGAGCACGGCCCGGAGUCGAGUGGGCGUGGCUGUGGUCAACGGGCUGCUGUACGCUAUCGGGGGCUACGAUGGGCAGUCUCGGCUCAGCACAGUCGAAGUCUACAACCCCGAAACGGACACGUGGAGUAAAGUCGCCAGCAUGAACAGUCAGCGCAGUGCAAUGGGAACAGUGGUGGUUGAUGGACACAUUUACGUCUGUGGUGGCUACGACGGCAAGUCCUCCCUCAAUACAGUAGAGUGUUAUUCUCCUGAAACUGACCGAUGGACAAUAAUAACAGAGAUGAGCGCGAGUCGCAGUGCUGCAGGAGUGACGAUAUUUGAAGGGAGGAUUCAUGUUUCAGGUGGCCACGAUGGCCUGCAGAUUUUCAACACGGUGGAGUAUUACAACCAGCACACAGCACAGUGGCACCCCCUGUCCCCCAUGCUGAACAAGAGGUGCAGGCAUGGUGCAGCGGCUUUAGGCAGUCAGCUCUACGUGGUGGGUGGCUACGAUGGCUCUGGUUUCCUGAGCGGCGCCGAGGUGUACAGCUCUGUAACCGAGCAGUGGAGCCAUCUGGUGGCCAUGAACACACGGCGGAGUCGAGUCUCUCUGGUAGCUAACUGUGGCCAUCUGUACGCUGUCGGUGGCUACGACGGCCAGUCCAACCUCAGCUCGGUCGAGAUGUACGACCCAGAGACCAAUCGCUGGACGUUUAUGGCUCCCAUGGUUUGCCACGAAGGCGGCGUCGGGGUCGGCUGUAUACCCCUGCAACCAGCUUAGCCAAAAGAUCCAUGUUAGCAAGCGUUUACUUUUUCCUUUUUUUUUAACAAGAACUUUCAUAAUGCUCUCGUGCAACUUGAUGUCCGGACGUACGUUCUGCAUUGGAAGAGCCGUGCUGUUGUACAUGGUGUACACACGGUGCAGCUUGUAUAAAGGGGUUUCUUUGUUCUGAUCACAGUUUAAAAUGUUUAAAAAAAAAAAAAAAGAAGAAAAAAAAAAUCACAUUUUAUUUGGGGAUUUCAUAAGGUGUCAUUAAACAGUGCACAAAUUGUGCAGUCAGGUUCUCCUGAGACAAUGACAAGCUUAAACAAGAGAAUGUGAGCGUGUUGAGGGGGAAAAAAAGGAAAGAAAGAAAUGAUGUCAUGACUGUAAGACAAGCUGAAUGGCACUUUUUGUAUUAGGGCGCCUUAGUUAAGGGUGUGUACGACUUUUGGGAUAGAGACCACUCAGUUCCUGUUAGUGUGUGUGUGUGCUUGUUUAGGGAAACGUGUAUAAGUGAGACAUAAAAGGAUCUCAUAAACUGGAAGCUUAGUUAAGACAUGCAGGAUGGUACAAGAUAACCACUGACAAGCCGAUGUAUGCUCUUUGGGAGAGUAUAGUGACAUUAUUUAUAGGGAUAACAGGAGCGCUUUUUUUUGUUGUUGUAAUUUUAUAGCAUAUGUUGUAAAUAUUCUAUUUGGGAUAUCAUUGCUCGGAGUGUUGCGAUACAAGCAGCAUCAACGGACCAACUGAACCUUGAAGUAACUGUGCGAAACAACCACCAGAACUGCCAUAUUCCAUACAGCCAUCAUACGGAGUACUAUAUGAUCAAGUUCUCCCAUUUUUCCCCAAGAGCUUCGGGUUCUUACUUAUAAGGCCUCGUUGUUUGAGACACUGUGGCACCUCCUGGUGGAGUGCAAACGGUUGUGCAUGAUAACAACGGCCUGUUUUACCUCCUAAUAAGCUCUACAUUCCUUCUCUUUUUGGAUGAAAAUCGGUGCAAUUGAUACCAAAAAUAAAUUAAGUGAUGGUGUGGAAUUUCCUAAUGACCAGCAUCGUCAGUGUCGUGUCCAUUAUCCGUGCAGUGACAUUGAUUUCUGUUGGGGAAAGUUAAAAUAAUGGGUCUGGCCGACCAGACUGUGGUUGCAUGUGUGGAAAAUAUGGAAAGUAUGUUUUUUUUUUUUUUUUUUUUUUCAGCCAGCUGCUUUAUGUAAUCAUUAGUAACAGCUCCUAAUUCGGGAUUACUAACUGUGAAUUUAGAGUAUUAGAUGUCCAUUUCUUCUUUUCCUCUCUUUUUGUCCAUUCCUCUACUGAUCUUGAUUAAAGUUGAAUUUACUAUAACCUCGAUGAUGAAUUGUAAGUUCAGCCAUGGUGCAGUAUUUUAUACUACUUUUUCUUUUUUUUUUUUUUUUCUGGACCACAAUUUUUUAGUUGCAUUUUUGUGCAUAUUUUUUUAUGACAUUGCACAUAAUAUUUCUGUACUCUGUCUUAACAUUGAGAAUCAAGUUUAUAGAUGUGUAUAUAUAAAUAUAUAUAUAGUAUAAUAUAUAAGCAGAGGAUCAUAUCAUAUGUUGCCUAGUGAAUCUCUGGUCUUUUUGGUCUGUCUGAUUAAUCUUUAGCUACCUCUGUUUGAGAUGGGAGAGCUUGAGCUUGUGUAGUGUGAGACAGAGACAGACGCUCUGCUUACACCGUUUCUGUUUCAACUGAAGGAUCUUCAAACCAGUGACUGAAAUCUCGUCUGUGGGUCUUUUUCACGUUUUGGACAUCAUUUUGUCAAUGUCCUUAAUAAAUCAUGUUUUUUAAUGAAAA